GGCGGUCGGUUGUAUGAAGGGGCCUUCUGAUACUUUUAACAUCUUGCUCGGAUCUCUCCUUUCCCUCGGAUCCCUUCCCUGCUGACUUACUUAUUUGCCGUUCUGUAACUAUUCAGACUGUCGCAGUGCAGUUGACCGUCCGUCCGCUCCUUUCUCCACGCUUUCCGUCCACGCGAACGCCUCCGCUUCAUCCGCCUAGCCAUCGAUUUGCUUAUCCUUGCGAGAAACCAUCUUCAAUAUGUCUCAGUCUACUGUGGAGCAGCAGAAGAGGUCUGUUGCGGCAGCUGCUGCUGCUGCGCAGCAAACUGACAACAUCACCCAUGCUCUGGCUGGUGCCGGAGGUGGAAUCUUGUCUAUGGUUUUGACUUAUCCUCUCAUCACCCUAUCGACUAGGGCGCAGGUCGAGUCGAAGCGCGCCCAAUCGACGACGCUGGAUGCCGUUCGCCGCAUUGUCCAACGGGAGGGAAUUAGCGGACUCUAUGCAGGCCUUGAGUCCGCCUUGUUUGGCAUCAGUGUGACCAACUUUGUAUACUACUACUGGUACGAAUGGACCAGAGCCGCCUUUGAGAAGGCAGCCAUAAAGGCGGGUCGGGCUUCGAAGAAGCUCACGACCGUUGAGUCCAUGAUCGCUGGCGCACUUGCGGGAAGUGCAACAGUCCUCCUCACGAACCCAAUCUGGGUCGUCAACACGCGGAUGACAACGCGGAAGAAUGAAUCCGAGGAGGCUCUGCCUGGCGCGGGUCCCAAGAAGUCCCGUUCGACGCUCCAGACCCUGCGGGAUCUCCUCCGCGAGGAAGGUCCCCGGGCAUUGUUCUCUGGCGUCCUCCCCGCCCUCAUCCUGGUGAUCAAUCCUAUCCUCCAGUACACUAUCUUCGAGCAGUUGAAGAACAUAGUGGAGCGUCGCAGACGGGUGACGCCCAAGGAUGCGUUCUACCUUGGUGCUUUGGGCAAGAUCCUGGCCACUACGAUUACGUACCCGUACAUCACGCUCAAGAGCCGGAUGCACGUUGCCAGCAGGGAUGGCCCUAAGGAGACUCUGAACGGCACCUUUAAGAAGAUUAUCCAGGACGAGGGUUAUGCUGGACUCUACAAGGGUAUCGGUCCCAAGGUCAGCCAGAGCGCCAUCACUGCUGCUUUCCUGUUUGCCUUCAAGGAUAUUAUUUAUAAUGCGAUAGUUCUCGCCCGCAAGCCGAAGCGCGCUCUCCAGAAAUAAACGAAGAGACCUGGUCUCAGUGCAUGCUUGGAAGUGCAUAUCUGGAGAAACGCAGCUGCGGCUCUUUGAUACUAAAGUCUUCUCUCCAUCUAUAGUUAUGGCGUCGGCUAGACUACAUGCAUACCCCUCGGUAUAGUCUAGUCUCAGUGAAGUACUAUAAGUGUUGCUAGGCCUUUAAUAGGCUUUUGCUAUAACAAUGGUGAAGAACGACCUAAUUCUGCAUUACGGUCAAAAGUAAGUGAUUUGGUGG